AUAAUCUGUAACCUAAAAAGUAAAUAAACUUUAUUAGUAAAUAUGGUAUUUAAACUUUAGUGUUAUUAUUAUUUAUAACGAAUAAUUGGUAAAUUAAUAUAAGAACAAUCGAAAAUAUGUCUCAGAAUUUAGCUACUGUCGUGCGCACGGCGCCCCAACACGACUUGAUGAACGAACUGAAUUUUUUCCUCAAAGGCGCAACGAAAAAAGAAACUUGCAACCCAAUAGACCUCGCAAAAUCGUCUUUAAUCCUCUUGAAAAGUUUGCCCCCGACGAAAACGGCCGUUUUCGAGUACUUCUGCGAAGUUUUCGAUAACGCAGUCAAAUGCUACAUUCAAGGAAUAGAGACAGAAAUCAAAACCGGUAAAUUACCACCACCCUCCGAAACGGACGAACUAAUUGUAUCAGACAUUCAUACAGUAUUAUCGAGUUUAAUCGCUGACAACCCCGUUGCUUGGGCACCUACUAUAAGCACAUGGUCUCUGGAAUUAUUAGGAGAAAUUUCAUCGAAAUACUCGGGAAGAGCCCACUUUUCAACAAACUUAAACGAAACUCUUCAAUUAUGGAUGGCUUGCAGAUCCACAAGAACUCUAGUUGAUAUAAACACCAAAUGUCUAUCAAGUCUGAUAUACUCCGAUACAGAGGCAUGUAUUAGCGCACUUUUAGAUACAUCUAUUAAGCAUUCGCCUCAUUUCGAUUGGGUGGUUGCUCACGUGGGAAGCUGUUUUCCUAAUACUGUCAUAACUAGAGUAUUGUCUUGUGGUUUAAAAGAUUUUUCUCAGAACAAAUCGUACGAACAAUGUUGCAAUUCUCCUAAACUUAAAUCGGUAGUGGGCAUACUCGGACACUUGGCUGGCAGCCAUGCAGAAGACAUCCGGAAAGCUGUUCUAGAUAUUUAUGUUUGGAGUCUUAGGGAAACUUUAGAAGAUACAGAUUUGCAAAGGUUACAAAAGAAAGCUACCGUUCCGUAUAUUUUGCAGUUGGUUUUUUUAUCCCCGAAAUUGUUGUCUUCGCUUUGCAAGGACAUUAAGAGUUUCCUUACAAUAGAUGCCGUUUGUAGAUUAUAUUACUAUGUAGGGGAUUGGUACAAAUAUUUUGGAACACCUGAAGCUUUAGAGGAACAAGUAACCACUUUAAUCUUGCACUGCGACAUCGGCGGAUUUGAAAUUAUAAACAUACUACUCGAAUGUAUUUUAACAGACAAGAUUAAAGGUAGCAAUGAAGUAAAGAACGACAUAAAAGAGAAAGCCAAAGAUCUACUCAUGCAAGUUCUCCAAGAAAUGGAAGAGUCAAUAAGACACGGCAGUGCAGUGAGUCUCAUUAACUCGUUCCCGAAGGAACUACCGGAAUUGAUUAAGAUGCUUCUGAGACCGGAAAGUAUCGUGCAAAAAACGGCUUUUCAAAUCGUCCUAUUUCUCGGUAACAUCAAUACAGCGACAUUGGUAACAGUUGUACAAAAUUUGUUGAAAACUAGCACGAACGAUAGCCAUUUGGUUUUGCUGUUGAGAAUCCUAACGAGCGACCUCGUCGAUAAGACUGUGUACUCGGAGAAAGGAGGCCAUUUAUCUUUAGCUCUCGAACAGAUAUUGAAUCGGAACAUUCAGAAGUUUUGUACGAGCAACGAAGAGAAUUCGGAUCUUUCGCAAAUGUGGAAUAAUCUUUACAAAUUAUUACAAUGGGAAAAAAGCGGAAAGGUGGCUUUGUUGAAUUCCAAAAUUAUUACACGAUCAUUGGAAGCGAACCUUCCGAAUUUAACUUCACUAUUAUCCAACGAAGUAUUGCAUAUGCAUAUUAUAGCUGAUAUAUUGGAUAGUAUGGAAAUACCGCAGCCUAUUUCAUCAUAUAAUCCACCUGUUGGUGUCAUAUUGAACUUAACACAAUCUACUGUAAAUUACUUUUUCGCCUGUUGUAAAGACGAAGGAACUGCUAUGAAGUUGAAAGGUUUGAUGAAAGCUAAUAAAAUAUUGAAGAGAUUAUGCACGUAUUCCAAAUUUGCUAAAGUAUUGGCUUUGAGGGAAUUCCUCGAAAGGGCUUUAUUCCAAAGCGACAACGUUUUGUUUGGCGCCAGAAAAAACGACAUGAACAACGAAAUUGAGAAAAUGCUUCUGAAGCAGAACAAAAAAAUUAACAAAACCAUCCCCCUCACCAAGCAUUCUACUGUAUUCAACGGAGGAAUCAUCGGUACUGGUAAACGAAAAUCACUUUGUUUCGACGAACUACCGUUUAAUACUAUCGCCGAAAACACUUCGCAUCUUUUGAAUGCCAUCAAAUCCUGUUGCGUCCUUCCCGAAGAAAGUAAAUACAACGACAUAUCAUUGGAUAGCAUGACGUUAUUAUCGCUAUUAUUGGUCCAAUUCGUCAGUCCUGAUCUUAUGUACAACGGUCUCCCUUGGCCCGACGAGGACUUCUCGAAGGUAACAAUGGAAAGAGAUCUAUUCAUUAGAAGGAUGUUCUCGAACACGCCAUUACUUUGGGAAUUGUUAAGCUUCGUAGCCGUUUAUCGACCAGCUAUUUGUUAUUGUUCGGUUUUAAUCAGAGCUUUAACAGCGACGCUGAUCCAUCAGUGGAAGAGCAUGGGCGAACAAAGCAAGGACGACGAUUCCGAAAACUACAAAAAUCUAAUGGAAACCACCAUCAAAGUAAUAGACGUCAUGGCGUUGGGACAGCUGCUGCCCCCGCCUUUGUCCAGCAUCAGGGACAUCAUACCGGUGCUGAAAUGCUACGAGAUCGUGGCGAUUUUGAAAGAAUGCAUUUGGUGCUACAUGAGAGACCACAUUCCAUCUCCGGCUUUAUUUGGAUGCGAUACAAACGGUGUGCAUUGGAGGGAUCCUAUCAACGCCCGACCGUCCGAAAUAUACACCAAUACAUUAAGGAUAAUAAUGCAGAGGAACGUCAAGAUGCUCGGGCAUAUGUACGCCCAAAUGUUCAUUAAUAUCCCCCAGCACGACUCGUGAGAAAUGAUUUACACUACGUUUUGAUUAUUGUAUUUAAUCAAUAUUGGUAGUAUAAGAAAUAAUAAUUUGUCUAAGUAUUUACUAUGAACAUUUUUUGCUUUUUUCGGCAAUACUGAUUAAGUGCUUCGCUGUAGCUUUACCCGUUUGCUUUACUAAGGAAUAAAAUACGCCAUCGUGGUUUUGCAAUAGCGAGUAAGGCUGGUCGAAUUCGACGAUUUCGCCGGCGUCCAUCACGAUGACUUUAUCCGAAUCCAUAAUGGUGUGCAGCCUGUGGGCUAUGGUGAGUACGGUGCAAUUGUGGAACUUUCUCCUGAUGGUUUUCUGUAUCAAAUCGUCGGUGUGCGGAUCGACGUUGGCCGUGGCCUCGUCUAAUACUAGAAUUUUGUUGUUUCUUACUAUGGCUCGGGCUAGGCAGAGCAGCUGCCUUUGACCGACGCUGAAGUUCGAUCCGCCUUCGGCCAUUUUGCUGUCC